AUGCCUCCCAAGACGAAGCUUCCCCCAGGCUUUGAUCGUUACGAUGGGACGAGAGAUCCAGAAGAUCAUCUGCAUGCCUUCCGAGGAGCAGGGCAACUAGGAAGGUGGCCCAUGCCAGUAUGGUGCCACAUGUUUGUGCAAACCUUAACGGAAGGAGCCCGGCUGUGGUUUGAUAGUCUUCCCCCGGGGAGCAUAGACAGCUACGAAGAGUUAAGCGAAAAAUUCCUCAGGAAUUUUGGCCAGCAAAGGAAGGUGAUCAAGAAUCCCAAUGAAAUCCUUCACAUCAGGCAGAGGGAUAAUGAACGGAUAGACCAGUAUAUGGAGAGGUUUGUCAAAGAAAGUAUGAACAUCAAGGAUGUCCCGGAAGUCAUGAAAAUCGGUAGUUUCAUAAAUGGGCUGAAGCAUGCACAACUGUGUGAAAAGCUGGGAGAGGAAUUUCCACCUUCCUUCGACAAUCUUAUGGACAGGGUCAGGGCUUUCGUCCGGGGAAAAGAUACGGUCAGCAAAGCUAAGGAGACAGACGUCACACCCCGGAGGGUUGCUCCAGCAGCAAGACCCCCUGAGAAAGGUACACCCUAUUCCCGGAAACCCACCUUUGAUAGAAUGUUGCAUGACAGGGCACGGCCCUCAUACUCCCCCUACAGACCCCGAGGGAGAGGCCCUCCCCCUUACCCCGACAGCUUCACCCCUCUCGUUAAAACUCCAAGCGAAAUACUGGCCACGGAGAGGGUGAAGAAUUCUUUCCCAAGGCCGCCUCCCAUAAAGCCAGGACCUAAAGCACAGCCGAACGAAUACUGUGAGUUUCACAAAGGCUUCGGACACAAAACCGAUGACUGCAUGUACCUCAAGAGGGAAAUCGAGGCAGCGGUGAAAACGGGAAGACUGGCCCAUUUGGUCAAGGAAAUCAAAGAAGGGGGAGGGGAUCGUAAGGGAAGUGCAACGACUCCCGAAGUGUAA